UUCACUCUAACACAAAGGGAAGUGCUGCCAGAGAGCACUGAGAACACCUGACGGCGCAGUCAACAUCGGUCGGAGCAUUUUUCUAAGAAUGGUGGCGUACACAACCACACCGUGCGACGUGGAGGUUGGCACCGAGGAGAGGACGGUGGUGCUGGUUGAACAGAAGUCAUCCUCGGCGCGGAUAUGUAAGAUGUGGGUGGCCCUCCUUGUUGUGGCUCUUUGUCUUGGGGUCAUCGUGGUUUGCGUUUGGUACUGGAGCAUACGACCUGCAGCCACAGUGCAGUCGAAUCAAACAGAAAAACAAACCGAGGUUGCUGCUUCUGCUGCUGCUCCUAAAACAACAGAUCCUCAUGACACACUGAGGCGAAUCAGCAGUAACGCCAAAGUAGCCAUUCAUUUAGAAGGUAUUUACGACGAAAGUGUCAAACACCAGUUAGAGUGGAGGAAUGGUCAAGGCCAAGCGUUCGCUCAGGGCGGCUUCCAAGUGGUUGACAACCAGAUCAUCAUCCCACAGAGUGGCAUCUACUUCGUCUACAGCCAGGCGUCGUUCAGGGUCACCUGCAGCGACGAGGAGGAGGAAAACGUAGGGAAGCGCCACACGCCUCUCAGCCACAGGAUCUGGCGCUACUCGGACUCUGUAGGCAGUAAAACAUCUCUAAUGAGUGCGGUGAGGUCGGCCUGCCAGUCCUCGCCUCAGGAGGACGGCGUCGGAGUCGGGCAGGGAUGGUACAACGCCAUUUACCUGGGCGCAGUGUUUCAGCUGAACAAGGGGGACAAACUGUGGACGGAAACCAACCAGCUGGCAGAGCUGGAGACAGAAGAGGGCAAGACUUUCUUUGGUGUGUUUGCACUUUGAUGGUUUAUGUUUAGUCUGACUUUUUAUUAUUUCUCAUCUUCACGAUGAUGUGGAUUUAAAAUCUCAAUGGAGAUAAAAUACGAUAAACUGUAACAGUUUGCAGCAUUAUUAUCAAUUUAGGCACUUUUUUUGUAUAUUAUUUAUGUUGACCUGAGAUUGUAAGCCAAACUUUCUCCACUGAUGUUGAUGUUCUUCGCUGGAGUGUCUAGGCUCAUGGAUCUUUGAGUUACUCUUUAUGUACAGCCCUAUCAUCAUGUAUGCACCCUAUAUAUUUAUUUGUAUUUAUUAGAAUCUGUGGGAUUAGGUGUUAAAGAUCAUAUUUAUAUGCCAUCUUGAUUUUUUUUCAUUAAAAAAGGUUUCAAACCACA